AUGGAAGGCGGUUUCAACAAAGCUCUCCUCUUAACUAUGGAUAAUGGAGUAGAAGUGAUUGCCAAGUUGCCGUGCCCAAAUGCUGGCCCGCUGAAACACAACACAGCAUCCGAAGUUGCUGUCUUGGAGUUUGUGAGAAACUUCACUUCAGUUCCCGUUCCCAAGGUGUUGGCAUGGAACUCAGAUUCCAACAAUCCUGUGGGCGCCGUAUAUAUCAUUCAGGAAAGAUGUAGCGGCAAACAGCUCGUGGAUGUUUGGGACGACAUGAACGAGCCAACUAAGUUCAAACUUAUUCAGAGUCUAAGUCAACUCGAAGGAGAACUUUCUUCAAUCAAAUUUCCGGCAUUCGGGAAUCUUUAUCUUAGAACCGUGUGCCCUGGAGGUUCGCGACCCCUAGAUGCCGCAAUUGACCCCGAUUCCAAGUUCUGUAUUGGUCCAGGAAUUGAUGAGACCUGGCCAGGGGCUUCCUUUUUAAAUUCCGACGAGACAGCUUCCUAUGCGGGUCCAUGGGACCAGUUAGCUGACCUUGGACUUGGUCCGGCCAAACGUGGACUUUGGCAUUUGGAGAAUUCGGACACUGUUGUUGCUCGUGGACCUCACCAUGGGUCUAAUGAGGAGCAUAUAACGAUGCUGGAAAAUGCUAUGAAGAUAAUACCCAUCGUAUCGGUGACGCCUCUGCUUCAACGCCAUUCGAGGCCAGUGCUUUGGCACACCGACCUACACCUUGGUAAUAUAUUUGUUGCGGACGAAAACCCAACAAAAAUCCUCGGCCUCAUCGACUGGCAAUACACCACCAUUCUUCCGUUACUUUCUCAAGUACGCUGGCCUCUAUUUCUCAACCCCCCGGAAGGAUACCAACGUGGUAUGGCCAAACUAGAACUACCACCGAAUUUCGAAGAAAUGGACCCGGAUGAGAAAGCGUUUGCUCUUGCGGAAAGAGAUGAAGCCACAAGGACAAAAUGCUACGAGGCGGCACUCUCUAAGUAUAGUCCCGCGUCUCUUCUUGCCAUGAACCAGAUCAGUGACACACUCCGGGAUCUUUACAUCAGGUGCGACAAGACCUACAAGGAAGGUAUUAUUCCGCUCCGUGACUCCUUGAUCCUGAUCUCGGAGAAUUGGUCCAAUUGGGGCCUAUCUGGACAGUGUCCGGUAACAUUUAGCCAAGAAGAAAUUGACACGCAUGAAGCGGAACUGUCUCAAUACCGCGAUUGGCAUCAACUACGCGGGUAUACUCAUCAACUCCUAUAUUCAGAUGAUGAAGGCUGGAUUCCCCCACAGUGUGAUUUUGAAGAGAUGAGGGCAAAACAUAACUAUCUCUACCAAGUGUACCUUGAGAAGGAAGAAUUGUCCGAGGAAGAAGGUAGAAAAACAUGGUUCUAUAGAGACCGGGAGUGA